AUGAACCCUGAAACACUUUAAUCAUUAGAAUAAUAAUUCAAUAUAGCAAGUUUAGUUUAUUGUUUAUAUCAUAAAUCUAGAUAAGAAUCCUGAAGAAAUUGUAAAUGUUCUUGAGAAGGCAUUAAAUGAUUAAUAAAAGGAAACUAUUAAUUAAUUAGUGGCAUUAGAUCAAGAAGUUGAUGAUAUUAUUAAUUAAAUCAAUAAAUUAGAUAUGAAAUAUGUGGAAUUUGAAGGAUUAAUAGAGGCUCAUACAGAACAUAUUAAAGCAAUUAGCAGAGGCACAUAAAAUAUGGAAAGUUAUUUAAAAGUAUUGGAAAUUCGUAUAAAAAAUUAAGAAUAAUUAAGUGAAUAUAUUAAAUGA